CGGUGGCAAUUUGCAUAUCUGUUAGAGCUGCAUAUCUGUUGCCAUCGAAGAGGAAACAAAAGUACAAAACCAUCAAACCACACACGUAUCUUCUGCUGGCGAAGAAUUCGCGGCACAAACUCAACGCCGUCCAUUGGCUAAGUUGGCUCUGAUGUCCCUAUCGGCCACCAACCGACCGGACUGGGCAUGAGAUGGGAGGGAGUACAAGAUGGGCGUGAGAUGAGCGAGGACCCUCUUCCUCCUGCUGCUGCUCUGGCGUCGCCGCCCCUCCCAAGAACACCAGGCUCUAAUUUAAUUUAAGCGGAGGGAAGCUUGAUCGAUCAGUCUGACACUGCCCUCGUUAAGUUAUAGCAAAUGCCUCCCGCUUCGACGGAUGCAAACAAUGCGAUCCAGAAGCUGUACGACGUCUGCAGAGCCUCACUGUCCGAGAAGGGGCCUCUAUCUCCUCGUGACUCUCUCGACAACGUCCGUGCUGCGUUAGACAUGGUUACCCCGUCCGACGUCGGCCUUGAGCGCGAGGCUGGAGCUGUGCGUGCUUGGAGGAGCCCACGGGCGGCCCUGGGCCGGAAGAGGGUUUUCCAUUCCAGCCCAGCCAUCAGAUAUCGCCAUAUAUAGGAGUGCGCAAGCUUCUCGACAGCUGAUAUGCGAUAUAUGCAGAUUGGGAUGUUUUGCAUGCCGGCAUCAUCCAUCAUCCCGCUCCACAACCAUCCUGGAAUGACCGUGCUCAGCAAGGUUUUGUACGGCGCGGCGCACGUCAGAUCAUACCGCUGGAUUGAAUCAGCUGGAUCGUCCAUUAACCUGUCGAAAGCGAGGCCAGCCAAGGUUGUAAGGGACGGCGAGAUGUCCGCGCCGUGCGGAGCGAUGGUUCUUCGUCCAGAGGAAGGCGGCGACGUCCACGCCUUGAGAGCCAUCACUCCCUGCGCCAUCCUCCACAUCCUGACGCCCCCGUACUCCUCGCAGGACGGGAGGCACUGCUCCUACUUCCGGAGACGCCCAAGAUCACACCCAUCGGGGUCAGAUGGAGGGAAAACGGAGGUGGUGGACCAAAUCCCUGUGCAACGUCAAGGCUCUGCAUGUACUGGAUCAUCUAUGUCAUCCUCUACUAAUCCGCCAAGCGAGCCGCCCGGUAUGGUUUGGACUACACCUAGCUAUAAUGGCUCCUUCGCCCCUGGCUGAGCGCAGGCGCGGGCCCGUCGCGCUGUUUCCCUCGGCUGUCGUCGAGCCGCUGUGCAGCCACACCGUCACGCUGACAUUGACGCCGGCGAGCCCGUCUUCCCCGACGAGCCCUUCGUCUCUGGUGACUUAUCGCGAUUCGUUUGUGAGCUUCGAGGAAUCGACGGUCAAGCUUCGGCGACCAAGUGGUCAGGUUCUUUGAGUUCUACAAAGUUGAAGACCCUAAGCAUCUGUUUGGUGAAG